AUGUUCCCUAAAACUACUUGUCUUUCCUUUGUGGCCCUUGUAGCUCUCACCGCUGGCCAAGAUCUACAAGCCACUCUGCAUACAACAUCAUGGAACUCGACAUUCAAACUCUCGCCUGAGCAACUUAGCCUUGCCAACUUGACCAUUGAAGAGGGCGUGCAGAUCAACAACAUCAUCAACUUUGACCGAACUCUACUAGCCAAUGGUGGUCCUCACCAAGAUGACUUUUACACGCUCCCCACGAGUCUAAAGAUUCCAAAGGGCCCGGGUGAGCUUCUCAAGCUCCAAGAAAUCACGGAUCCAAAGCCAUACACAAUUCCUGCCUCGACUGCGAUGUCUCGUUUUCUCUACUCAACGACAAACAUCAAUGGCACUCUUAUCCCCGCAUCUGCUUACAUCCUUUGGCCAUAUACCACCAAGAAGAUAAAAGGUGUUCCUGGCGGAAAGGCGCCAACUGUGCUUUGGACUCACGGCACGUCUGGAUGGUAUCCUACGGCCGCACCGUCUACCCACCGCAGUCUCUUCUAUCAGGACUUUGUGCCAUAUGCCUUGGCUCUGGCAGGGUAUGCUGUCGUGGCCCCUGACUACGCUGGUCUCGGCGUUGGUACCUCAUGGGAUGGGACUGCCAUUCGUCACGAAUAUGGCAUCUAUCAGGCUGGUGGAGCAGAUGCUCUCAAUGCCUUGAGAGCUGCUCUGACUGCGUUCCCAGAGCGUUUGACAACUGAUUAUGUAAAUGUUGGUCAUAGUCAAGGAGGUGCCGUUGGAUGGGGUGUAUCUGAACUUCUUGCGGAAAAGAAGGGAAGAUUUAAGGAUCUAGUUAAGGGUCAUCUGGGAACCCUUCUUUUUGCCCCGCCUACAGAUGCAUUCUCGUUGCCAGCAACUUCGAUAACUACCUGGGUUGGUAAGUAUUUGAAGCAAGUAUAUCCUGAAUUCAAGCUUAGUGACUGGCUUACACCUUUGGGUAUCGAUCGAGUCACUCUCUUCAACCAGGUUGAGGGAUCUCAAAGUGUCAGCGGCUUUCUCUUCACCCCCGAAAAGGAAAUUGUCCAGCCUGACUGGAUGAACACUUGGUCUGUGGCUGCUCUCAAACAAAUCGUUAAACCCGGUGGGAGGCUGUGGAAGGGACCUAUGCUUAUCAUCCAGGGUGAAAAGGACCCAGCGGUUCAUUACAACGCAUCAUUGACUACUUCAAAGGCUACUUGCGAGAAGUAUCCUGGUGAUCUAGAGUUCUUGGGUGUUCCUGGAGUUGGUCACUUUCCUAGUAUGUAUGCAACCAGGUCAAUUUGGAUGGACUGGAUUAAGGAUCGGUUCGAGAGACGCAAGGUUCGAAAGCAAGGCUGUGCUCAGUCCAAGGUUGAUCGAUUUCUACCUGACGAUCAUUAUCAGCAUGAUCCAAACUCCUUCCCUUUGUGGGCUGGUAAGUCCGAAUGGGCAUAUGAGCUACCUCAAGGCCAUUAA